AUGACGACGGAACAGAUGAGUAAGUAUCAGAAUAGAAGAGAAGAGCAGCGCAACGACGACGAGACGGACAGGGACGAGGAAGAUGCUGUCCCCAAGCUACUGGGCGACCUGGGGCCGGAUCUAACAGACGAAACGAGUCUCUUGAAGCCUUGCGAGGGGGCCAAUCUAACCUAUGAGUUGAAGUUCCAGUUGGAUAGGUGCAGAGGUUUGGCAAAGUCAUGCGUGCUCUUGGAACCGAUUGCGGUGCCACGGCUGCCCCCACCGCCACCCUUGCCUGCGCCGCGGGCCUCUGGGGGGAGCGCCGCUGACACACAAGCAGCCAUGAGGUGUCAGAGGCACACCUACAGCCUGGGGCCGCAUCCGAGUGUGCCGCAUCCGGGGCGCAUCUCCUACUCCCCGCCUCGGGUUGCGCAGGCGACAGGUGCUCCGAUCUUCACCCCAUGGGUCGGACAGGCUCCAGGUCUCCUCGGCAGCUAUCUCCCAGAGCAAGUUGCCCUCCAGCAGCCACGCAGGCAGAUGGCGUAUUCACCACCGCCUCGCCAAUGGCCGCAUCCUUCGGCAGCCUCACCACGGCUUCCGUCCCCAGUGCCGCCACAGAGAUGGACCUAUGUCAGUCCCCGACGAUCAGCUCCAGGCACGACGAGCUCGGAUUCAGUCUGCCGGGGCAGAGGGCGGCAUUCAAGCUUCGAGCCCCGAAUGCCCAGCGUCCGUACGUGUGCGCCAGCAGGGCCUCGCGGACUGCCCUAUGCACCGCUGAAUGCACCGUUGAACGCACCGUUGAAUGCACCGCCGAAUGCGCCGCCGACUGCGCCGCCAAGCGGUCCAGGCUCGAUGCUUUGUCCGACUCCAGGAUCUGCGUGGAGUGGGUCGAUGCUUUGCCCCGCCCCACCCCCGGCCCUAGGUCACAUCCUUGGCGUCCGCAGUGGGUCUGCGGCAUAUCCGCCUGGUCCUCAUGUGAAGUCUGUCGAGCAAAUGGUGGAGCAGCGAGGCCGCUCCCCGGUACCUUCGCCUCGGAUAGUGCUGGCGCACCAGGCACCACGAGCACCACAUCCGUGUAGCCAAAGCCCUCCCCGGCAAAUUACCUACACGGUGAGGUCGCCGUCUCCUGUGCCAUGCUACACACAGGCGAACAUCACUCCGAGAGGCACGUCACCGCCAUUGGCUCAGAGCUCUAGCUAUGCCCUACCAGUGACCAGGGGCAGCGCGCCAGCGGUGGUUGGCAGGGGUCGUGCCCCUGGGCGAACGCCGUCUCCCUGCUAUCCUGCGCGAAUGGCUAAGGUGGCGACAUCCCCGUGCAACAUUUCGGCCAGUGGUGAGGGCGUCCUAUUCACGCCAAGAUAUGCAGCCGCCAUACCACCUGCAGGCGCGCGGGUGCCAGAUGUCGGCGGCACCACCCGCGGUCGCUCGCCGUGCGCUGUGCCUGCGAUGCCAAACAACACGCAGUAUUGUGUGCGGCCGGCAGCCAGCUGCGCUGUUCGCUCCCCAUCACCCCAUGGAGCGGUCACUGCGCCCGUGCGGGCUGGCUCACCAGUCAUUGUCCGCUAUCAGCUGCAGCCGCAGGCAGUGGUGAUGGGCGGCCAGUUUCUGCAUCAGGCGCAUUCAGUUCAGGCCCCCAUGGUGCCUGGGGCCUGCUCUCUGACCAAGACGUCAGCCAACGUGAGAGCAGGGGUAGUGCCGAACUCGUAG